AUGAUUAUUGCCGAUACCCGAUUAUCCCAACUACUUCAUCGGUGGAGCAAGGAAAACCCUUACUUGUCCGUUACCGCUGCAGCUGCAAUUGUAUACGCCACUUGGAAAUUGGCACGACGUCAGCGAUCCAAAACGACCGUCGAUUCGGCUCUCGUUCCUAGCCUUGUUCCCGGCGGUGUGCCGUUUUUUGGCCACAUGUUGGCCUUAUCCAAGGACCCCGAAGGAUUUAUCAACAAAGCAACCGCCGACUAUGGCAACGCUUUUCGCAUUCGUAUCCCGGGACAAGAUCCAUACGUGGUAUGUGGACCGCUCGUUGCAGAAGUCCUGACAUCGUCUACUCGAUUGUUAAGUUUCAACGACGGCAUCCAAACCGUUGUACCCAUGUAUCGGGUCAUCCACACUUGCUAUGACCAUAAAUUUAUCGGGGAAGGAACAUCGCCGCGAGAGAAAAAUCCAGUAUCGUACCCUAUCAAGCAGAAUUUCAAGCCCCAUCUUCUUGGCGUGUUCACGGAACGAAUGCAGACGGCAUUUCUCAACUAUUUGAAUAAAGAGAUUGUGCUUGCGCCAAACGAACAACGAACCGUUGACGUGUGGCGGUUUUUCACGCGAGGUGUAUCGCACGUGUCGUGCCCUUGUUUUGCCGGUAGCAAAGUGGGCAACGACCAGGAACUGAUUGAAUCCAUGGCGGUUUUCACGCAAAAGAUCGUCAAGGCAGGCUUGAUGUUGUCGUUUUUCCCUACCUGGCUGGGCAAUUUCGUGGUGAAACGUUUCUAUUCCGUCGAAGGCGAACUGGAUCUUAUCAUGAAAUUGCUGCUGCCUGAAUUGCGUCGUAUGCGCAACAAUCCCGACCACGUCAAUGACGAAGUGUCAUUUGCUACCAUGACACUGAAUAUGCGAAAGAGCGACGGAUCGUUAAGAACACCGGAAGAUGCGGCUUUCUGGUUCAAGGAUAUCGCGCUGGCCAGCAUUCACACCACAUCGCAUUUUGCCACAUUUGCGCUUCAUGAACUCGCUUGUCGUCCUGAACUGGUGCGUGCGUUGCGCCAAGAGCUGGCCAAACUCGACGUCCGCACCCCGGAAAAUGUGGGCGCCAUUCCGCUGAUGGAUUCCUUUAUGCGCGAAACCUUGCGUUGGAAUGGAGAUUAUCUCGGCCUGCAUCACUUGGCUCUGCAAGAUGUCGCUUUAUCGAACGGUCAAGUCAUUCCCAAAGGCAGUCUCGUGGUACUGUCGGUCGAUCAAAUUCAUCGCGGUGAUUAUCUGGGAAUGUCAUCGAUGGAGAACAAGGACACUAAACCUGCGUGGGUGUUUGACCCCUAUCGCUAUGUUCAUGACGACAAACCAAGCGCUGUGCCCGACACGGGUUAUAUUGCCUUUGGUCUAGGCGCACAUGCUUGCCCGGGCCGCUAUUUUGCUGUCAAAGAGAUCAAAUACAUGAUGGGCGAAAUCGUUAUGCGAUUCGAUUUGAAGACCCAGUCUGGCCAACGCGCCAAAGAUGUCAUUGCUUUUGGCAUGAACCGUUUCCCUCCCACCGAACCUAUCAUUUUUACCGGUAUCAGCACUCCAUCCACAUCCUGA